GGGCUCUAUUAUUUUAGCAUCCCGGGCAGCAGGUUUCUGCUAAGUUUGGAGUUACCGGCCACCAAGACUGUAUGCCUGCGUCCCUUAGGUAAUACCUUUCCACCGACCCAGGGACUCUGAAACACAAGGAGUCUGCAUGUCUAGGCAGUAGACAUGCUCAGCUUUGUGGAUACACGGAUUUUGUUGCUGCUCGCAGUAACUUCAUGCCUAGCAACAAGUCAAUAUGUAAAUGAGGCAAGGCAAGGACAGAAGGGUCCCAGAGGAGACAAAGGGACACGAGGAGAAAGGGGUCCACCAGGCCCACCAGGUAGAGAUGGUGAAGAUGGUCCACCAGGCCCUCCAGGGCCCCCUGGUCCUCCCGGUCUUGGCGGAAACUUUGCUGCUCAAUAUGAUCAAUCUAAAUCAGCUGACUUUGGCCCAGGACCAAUGGGACUUAUGGGACCCAGAGGCCCUCCUGGAAUAACUGGACCCCCUGGUCCUUCCGGCCAUGUUGGACAUGCUGGUGAACCUGGUGAACCCGGUCAAACAGGUCCCCAAGGUGCUCGAGGUCCCACUGGUCCUCCUGGGAAGCCUGGUGAAGAUGGUCAUCCUGGGAAACCUGGCAGAUCUGGUGAGAGGGGUGUUCCUGGACCUCAGGGUGCUCGUGGAUUUCCUGGAACUCCUGGUCUUCCUGGUUUCAAAGGAAUAAGGGGACAUAAUGGUUUGGAUGGUCGCAAAGGAGAACCUGGUGCUCCUGGUAACAAGGGUGAACCUGGUGCCCCUGGAGAAAAUGGUACCCCAGGACAAGCUGGUGCUCGUGGUCUUCCUGGUGAAAGGGGAAGAGUUGGUGCUCCUGGAUCAGUUGGUGCUCGUGGCAGUGAUGGAAGCGUUGGCCCUGCUGGCCCUGCGGGUCCCAUUGGUGGUGCUGGACCUUCUGGAUUCCCAGGUGCUCCUGGUCCCAAGGGUGAAAUUGGAUCUGCUGGUAGCCCUGGCCCAUCUGGUCCCGCUGGUCCACGUGGUGAGGUUGGUCUCCCUGGUGCUUCUGGUCCUGUUGGCCCCCCAGGUAACCCUGGUGCCAACGGCAUUAAUGGUGCUAAAGGUGCAGCUGGUCUUCCCGGUGUGGCUGGUGCUCCUGGCCUGCCAGGUGGCCGUGGUAUCCCUGGUCCAGCUGGUGCAGCUGGUGCUUCUGGUCCUAGAGGACUUGCUGGUGAGCCUGGACUUCCUGGACCCAAGGGAGAAACUGGUAACAAGGGUGAACCUGGUGCUGCUGGCCCUGCUGGCCCUGCUGGCCCAAGUGGUGAGGAAGGCAAGAGGGGUAACAACGGUGAACCUGGAUCUGCUGGCCCAUCCGGCCCAGCAGGUUUAAGAGGUGUUCCUGGAUCUCGUGGUCUCCCUGGACCUGAUGGCAGAGCUGGAGUUACAGGUGCUGCUGGUAAUCGUGGUGCUUCUGGCCCUGCUGGUACAAGAGGUUCCAAUGGUGAUUCUGGUCGCCCCGGUGAACCUGGUCUCAUGGGUACAAGAGGUCUCCCUGGUCAGUCUGGAAGCCCAGGCCCUGCUGGCAAGGAAGGUCCUGUUGGUCUUCCUGGUCCUGAUGGUCGAACUGGUCCAGUUGGUCCAGCUGGUUCAAGAGGUGAACCUGGCAUCAUAGGAUUCCCUGGACCCAAGGGCCCCAAUGGUGAACCUGGCAAACCUGGUGACAGAGGCCAUGUUGGUCUUGCUGGCCCUCGGGGUGCUCCUGGUCCUGAUGGAAACAAUGGUGCUCAAGGACCACCUGGUGUUGUUGGUAAUUCUGGUUCCAAAGGUGAAACUGGUCCAGCUGGUAGUCCUGGCUUCCAAGGUCUUCCAGGUCCCUCGGGUGCAGUUGGUGAAGCUGGCAAACCAGGGGAAAGAGGUCUUCAUGGUGAAUUUGGGCUCCCUGGUCCUGCUGGUGUGAGAGGUGAACGUGGCCCUCCAGGUGAAAGUGGUCCUGUUGGUCCUGUAGGUUCCAUUGGAAGCCGUGGCCCAUCUGGUCCACCAGGGCCUGAUGGUAGCAAGGGUGAACUUGGUGCUGCUGGUGCUGCUGGUGCCCCAGGCCCAUCUGGUCCUAGUGGAAUCCCAGGAGAAAGAGGCAUUGCUGGUGGUCCAGGAGGCAAAGGUGAAAAGGGCCCAACAGGAUUCAGAGGUGAACCAGGAGCAACUGGAAGAGAUGGUGCACGUGGUGCUCCUGGAGCCGUUGGUGCCCCUGGUCCUGCUGGAGCUGCUGGUGAAAGGGGUGAAGCUGGUCCUUCUGGCAAUGCUGGCCCCGCUGGCCCUCGUGGAAUACCUGGUGAACGUGGUGAGACUGGUCCUGCCGGCCCUCCUGGAUUUGCUGGCCCACCUGGUGCAGCUGGUCAGUCUGGUGCUAAAGGUGAAAGAGGUCAGAGAGGCCCUAAAGGUGAUGGAGGCCCUCAGGGUGCCAUUGGUGCUGUUGGGAAUGCCGGCCCUGCUGGUCCAGUUGGUCCACCAGGUCCUGCUGGAGGUCGUGGUGAUGGUGGUCCACCUGGUGUUACUGGUUUCCCUGGUGCUGCAGGCAGAGUUGGACCGCCAGGCCCUGCUGGUAUCACUGGCCCACCUGGUCCUACUGGUCCAGCUGGCAAGGAAGGUAUUAGAGGCCCACGUGGUGACACUGGACCAGUUGGCCGUACUGGAGAAUCUGGACCUGUUGGACCUCCUGGUUUUGCUGGAGAGAAAGGCCCAAGUGGAGAAGGUGGUGCCGCUGGUCCUCCUGGUUCCCCAGGUCCUCAAGGUCUUCUCGGAGCAGUUGGCAACCUUGGUUUGCCUGGUUCUAGGGGAGAGCGUGGUCUCCCAGGUAUUGCUGGAGCAUUGGGUGAGCCUGGACCUGUUGGCGUUUCUGGUCCCCCAGGUGCCCGUGGCCCUUCUGGCCCCAUUGGUUCCCCUGGUGUGAACGGUGCUGCUGGUGAAGCUGGACGUGAUGGAAAUCCUGGCAGUGAUGGUCCUCCAGGCCGUGAUGGUGUUCCUGGUUACAAGGGAGAACGUGGUGCUCCUGGCAGCCCUGGGCCUUCUGGUACUCUUGGUGCUCCUGGCCCCCAUGGUGCUGUCGGUCCUGCUGGCAGACCUGGAAAUCGUGGUGAAGCCGGUCCUGUCGGUCCAGUUGGCUCCGUUGGCCCAGCUGGAGCAAGAGGUCCUGCUGGCCCACAAGGUUCACGUGGUGAGAAAGGUGGUCCAGGCGACAAGGGACCUAGGGGAUUACCUGGACUUAAAGGACAUAAUGGACUUCAGGGGCUGCCUGGCAUUGCUGGUCAUCAUGGAGAACAAGGUUCACCUGGUUCUACUGGUCCUUCUGGCCCAAGGGGCCCUCCUGGUCCUUCUGGUCCUUCUGGCAAAGACGGCCGCAGUGGUCUUCCUGGACCUGUUGGACCUGCUGGUGUGCGUGGUUCUCAGGGCAGCCAAGGACCCUCUGGUCCGCCUGGUCCUCCUGGUCUUCCUGGCCCACCUGGCGUCAACGGUGGUGGAUACGAAGUUGGCUUUGAUGCAGAAUACUUCCGGGCUGAUCAGCCUUCCCUCAGACCCAAGGACUACGAAGUUGAUGCCACGCUGAAAACAUUGAACAACCAAAUUGAGACUCUCCUGACCCCUGAAGGCUCUAAGAAAAAUCCAGCUCGUACCUGCCGUGACUUAAGACUCAGUCACCCAGAAUGGUCUAGCGGCUUCUACUGGAUUGAUCCUAACCAAGGCUGCACCAUGGAUGCCAUUAGAGUGUACUGUGAUUUCUCUACUGGUGAGACGUGCAUCCAUUCUAAUCCAGAGAAUAUCCCAACUAAGAACUGGUACACUAGCAGGAAUCCUGCAGAGAAGAAGCACAUAUGGUUUGGAGAAGUUAUCAAUGGCGGUACUCAGUUUGAAUAUAAUGAGGAAGGUGUGACUGCCAAGGACAUGGCCACCCAACUUGCCUUCAUGCGGCUGCUGGCUAAUCAUGCCUCCCAGAACAUCACUUACCACUGCAAGAACAGUGUUGCCUACAUGGAUGCAGAAACAGGAAACCUUAAGAAGUCAGUGAUAUUGCAGGGAUCCAACGAUGUUGAACUACGAUCUGAAGGCAACAGCAGGUUCACUUACAGUGUUCUUGAAGACGGCUGCUCUACAAAGACCAAUCAAUGGGGCAAAACAAUUAUUGAAUACAGAACAAAUAAGCCAUCUCGCUUGCCCAUCCUGGACAUUGCACCUUUGGACAUUGGUGGCGCUGACCAAGAAUUCGGUUUGGACAUUGGCCCAGUCUGUUUCAAAUGAAUGAACUCAAAUUAACUUAAAAUGAAAAAAAAAUCUUUCUUUGCCAUUUCCUUUUUUUAUACUGAAAGCUGACUCCUUCCAUUUCUUCUGUUCAUCUACUUGCUUAAACUCUGGGCGAAAGAGAAAGGAGAAGGAUUUAAGGAACGUUGUGCAAUGCAAUUUAAUACAGCCCCCAAAUGGAAUCGGAAGUCUUUUCAAGAUUUUAACACCUUAUUGUGGAAAAUGUCAGCCUUUGUGUAAAAAUCAAAAAAACAAAAAACAAAAACCAAUAAAAAAUCCUGAAAGUCUGCACCACUUGUGGCCUUUGAAUAUCUUCCACAGAGGAAGUUUAAAACCACAACUUCCAAAAAGGUUUGAACUACCUCAUACACUUCAAGCCAAGUGUGAUCCACAUCCUUAUACAUGCUAUCUGAGGUGCUUUUGAUCCAUUCAUAAUCAAAAGGUGCUGAUUUCAAUAUUAUAGAGCAUAUUGCCAAUACUUGAAUUUUAAUGGUGCUAGAGUCAUUUGAAAACCACUUUUCUGUAUUAAGUUGUAUUGUUUCUUUGGAAUCUGUCUCAAAAUAAAGUCAGAAUGUCCCAUCUCAACCCCCCAGACUAAGCAUGUGGAUCAUUUCUACCCCACUCCCAUCUUCAUCCUCCUCUUCAACAUCAGGUGUUCGUGCUUUUCAAUUUCAUUUUCAUCCUUUACAAUGGGCAGAAAAGGAAUCAACGUUUCUCAAAAAAAAUGUACCUAUUUUGUAUAUGUGAGAUGUUUAAAUAAAUUGUGAAAAAAUUGAAAUAAAGCAUGUCCAGUGUUCCAAAAGAAA